AUGGCGGAGGAAACAGUUCAAUUUGAGGAUAUUGAUCUAGGACAAGCAGUCCGCCUUGAAAAAUCCAAAUCAGAUCCACUAGUAAUUACUAAUACGUUUUCCGAAGAAGAAUUAAAAUCGAUAUUCAUAGCAAAAAGUCAAGAUUUUAACAUUUCGACAUCAGACAAGAUGUUUCAACGAUUUUAUAUUAAUCAAAUGAAGAAACCAUUCCUAAAAAUCUUUGAUAUGAGCUCAUCUUCUAUUGGUCCUAAAGCAACAGAAGUGAUUUGUUCAUUAAUUCUAAAUCAUCCUCAUAUAAGAUCAAUUAACUUAUCGGGAAACUCCAUUGGCAACAAAGGAGCUACUUCUAUUGCUCAAUUCUUAUUACAAACAACAAAAAUAAUAUCAUUAGAUUUAUCAUCAAAUGCAAUCCUUGACAAAGGUCUAUAUGCCAUAUUUUAUGCACUUAAAUCAAACCCUUCCGUUAUUUCACUUAAAAUUGGCUCUACAUCAUCAGUUGCAAGAAAUUCAGUUGGCCAAAGUGCUGCAAAAGAAUUAGCAUCAACUCUUUCAAUGAAUCAAGUUCUUUCCGAACUAGAUUUAUCAAUGGCAAAGAUUACAUGCGAUUUAAUGAUCCACAUUUCGAAAGGAUUAGAAUUAAAUCAUUCAUUGCAAGUUUUAAACAUAUCUAACAACAAUAUUUGCUCAAAAGGAUGCAGAAAAGUAUUACAAGCAAUAUUAAACUCAAACAUUGUUGAUUUAAACAUCUCAAACAAUGCAAUUAAAGAUGAUAUUGCUCCAGACUUCAUAAAAUACAUUUCCAAGAACAAAAGCAUCAAGCGCCUUAAUAUUUCUAAUAACCAGCUUACAAAAGCAUUCACAAAAGCUAUUACACCAGCUUUUGCAAAUUAUUCUGAGUUAAUUGAGUUUAAUUUGUCACACAAUCCACUCACAGGUGCCGGAAUUGAUGAGUUCGGACCAGCGCUUGCCAUGAAUCUUAAAAUAAAGACAUUAAACAUCUCAAUGUGUCAAAUUGACAACAACGGCUUCAAAUCCUUCUGCAAGAAACUGGCCGAGAAUUAUUCCCUUACAACACUGAUUCUGUCACAUAACCCGAUUGGCGAUGAAGGCGCUAAGAAUUUCGCGGAAGUGAUUAAAGAGCAUCCCAUCUUGAAGGAGAUCGAUUUAGAGAUGACAGAAAUUACUGAUGUAGGCGGUGAUGUAUUAAUACCUGCAUUAGGAGCUUCCAAAUCCAUUGAAAAAGUCUCAUUUCGAAAUAAUCUUUUGGGAAAUCCAAAAGUUAUAUCGAAAGCUCUCAUGGAUAACACUCUUUUAUACUACUUUGAUAUAGAUUACAACGAUAUCGAGUACAAAUACCAUGCAGAUAUUGAGAAAUUGAUAAAAUCAAAUCAAAAAUUGAGGAAAGAAAGGAAAGAGAACAAAAUCAAGAGGGAAGUACAAUCAACCAAAGAUGUAGAUGCCAGACUACACCUAACACGCCAGGAAAUCUCAGAAGAAAGGGAACAAAUCCAAUCUUAUUCAGACGAUCUCGUCAAAGCUAAAGAAGAAUUCAAAACAGCCAGUGAAAGUCGAAAUACAACAAUAAAAGCUCUUACUACUAAGUUCGAUGAAAUAAAUGGAGUACAAAAUGGAAAAAGUGACACCUACAGAGAGGCCAUUGGCAAUUUACAGAACAGCAAAGAGGUAUUAGAGUACAAUUUGAGGAGCCUUCAGCAACAGCUACAGUCAGAGAUUGAGGUGAACAAGAGAGAUAUGACUGCAAUGGGUCAACUUGAAAAUAAAUUAUUUGAAACACAAAAAACAAAUGAAAUGGAGAUUAGUGAUGUUAUUAAGAAACUCCUUGAGGCAAAACAAAAAUAUUUGGAUGCUAAAGAGAUUCUUCUUGAAGCUUGGAACACUUCUCAUGUUUUCGUAACUUCUGGACAUGACACAGCCACUCCUAAAAAAACUAACCGCGAAACAACAAGGAACACGAAGAGGAGCUCUAGAAAGAAGAUAUCAGGAAGCGAUUCUAAAGGAAAAGUAAAUGAUAAAUUCCCUUCUUCUCGUCCUGUUGAUUAA